AGAGCCGCUACUGGUCUCUUCCGAUUCCCAUCAAUGAUAACCUCAAAGUUUCAUCAUAUCAAUAUAAAUAUAUAAAUAAUAAUUACAUGAAUAUAUACAUUUUUAUAUUUAUCAAUUUAAUAAAUUAAAUUUAAAAAAUGAAUUCAUUGAGUCGUCACGUGUCUAAUCGUCUAUCCUCUAGUAUCGUAAUAACGAGGUUACAAUCAUCAGUAGCCGGUGGAGCAACAAAUUCUUCAGUAAACAUCGAGAUUCCCCUUUACAAAGAACGUGGGUCCACAGAUAUACUUCGAGCUCUUGAACGGACAAUAAAACGUGACCCAACAGCUCCACGUUACAAAUAUCACGAUGAUCCAUAUUUAAUUCCACUAUCAAAUAUGUCAAAACGUUCAUUCGCUUUAGCCCAAGAAGCCGGACGUAAAGCUGCCAUGUGGAUUCGUCAACAACACGCGAAUUUAUUCCAACACCGGGUCGCUGAUCCUGUCAUUGAAUCGUUCCUGCCAAAAACGGAGUAUAAGAGUAAAGAUCAAGUGUCAGAAGACAUUCUCAAGAAUGUAAUUGAAGAUGGCAACGUAGCUGAUGCUCUAACAAUUUACCAAUUACUCGAAGAACAAGUUUCCGCUGAAACAAAAUUGGAGUUAUUGCAAUUAUUGUGUUAUUACAAUAAUGAAGAGCCUCUGCCUGAAGAAUUUAUGGAGCAAAAAUGGUUUAGAAACGAUCAGAGACAGCCUUCAUGGAAACCCUGCUCCACUACUGACAGCCUCUUUGCUUUUUUAAAAGACCAAGGAGGACAAGUAACUGCUGAAGCUUUCAUAACUAUGAUUUGUGGGUACGCUAAAUAUAUGAACGUUGAUCGAGCUUGGAAAUUAUUCGAAGAAGCUGAGAGUAAAAAUAUUCCUCUGACUGCCGAAGCUUUUAAUUCAGUGAUUAAUCUGAUACCGGCUUUGAAAGAAGGGGGGAGAGAACGAAGAGAAUUAUUGAUCCAUUUAUUGAAUAAAAUGAAGACUCUGGAGAUCCAGCCGAAUAUCGGUACCUUCAAUAGCAGUUUGAAAGUUGCCAGCGCAGUUACUCAUCGAGAAACGGCCAAAGAAUUGUGCCGGUCAUUGUUUACUGAGUUUAAAAAUAUUGGCAUCGCGCCGUCACUGGCUUCUUAUUAUUAUGCAUUGAAAAUAUUUUAUCGAAAAGAUGACGGGCCAUGUAAUUUAUUACGUGAAAUUCUUCAGGAAAUAAAUAACAAAGAAUUUACUGCUGAAGACAAAAAUGACACAGCUUUUUUUUUAACUGCGAUGGGUGUCGCGGCAAACAAUUUAGAGGAUCCGGUAGUGAGCGAUAAAGUUCAUGAAUUAUUACUGACUGGUGAUAAUUACAAUUUUAUUGGAGACGGCUUUAAAGAAAAUAAUUAUUACAAGCAUUACUUUUUGCUGCAAGUCAAAAAUCAAUCGAUUGAUGUGUUCAUGAAUAAUUACUAUGAUGUUUUUGUACCGAACAUUUAUACUCCAGAGCCGGUUGUUAUGGAAACUAUACUGAAUGCCUUGGAAGCUAAUGAUCCGACUAUGAGUAGAGAGUAUUUGUCAAGACUAUGGACGCAUAUGAUACAAUUUGAUCAUUUGGAGAGAAAGAAUCUUGUUUCGAAAGCAUUGAAUUUGAUGCGAGUUCAUUGCAAACCGGAUAAAGAUUCGCCUUUUAAUAAAAUUUUUGCUGAUGCUGGUUUGACUGUUUGGGACUUCGUCACGACACAACAAUCAAAAAGGAUUCAAAAACUAAAUUGGGAUGGAACGAUUCUUGCAGACAUAGCUAUUCUCUGUGUCCGAGCUGAUGAAGUUGACAAAUCUGCUAAAGUUAUUUCAUAUUUAUUGAAAAACCAAGAUUCGAUUAUUGGAAUACCAGAUGUUGAACAAGUUACUGAGAUACUAGACAGUUUAAUUUCACUAUGUUUUGUUCCACCUGCUAUGGAUCUAAUACAGUAUUGUGCAGAAAAUGGAUUCCAAAAUACAUCAGCUAUGGCUAUUAAACUUCAAUCCAAUGUAUCGUUAACCAAAUGGGAUCAGGCUCGUUUGGAGGGUUUUGUUAAUUCCACAAUAGUAACAAAUCCCGAAAAAAUACCAGUAGUUUAAAUGUUUUUUACAUAAAUAUUUAAAGUAAAAACAAAAAUUUUAUUAAUGUUUUUUAAAAAUAUUCAAAUAAUUGUACUGUAAAUAAGCGUAGGAAAUAAAUAAAAAAUGAAUCAAUUGA